GUAACCGUCUCUGAAACACUGUUAGUUAGACCGGCCUCGUCGGGCACGAACCGUCCAAAAUGCACACGUUAACGGAGGUCGCGGCGACGGUUCGACAUUAUGUGGAUCUCCCGACGGUCCUGGUGGCGAUGUCGACCUGCCUGCUUUCCUACUUGUACCUGCAGCGUCACAGGAACCUCCCGCCCGGGCCCCGCGCGUGGCCUAUCGUCGGGAAUAUUCCGUACUUGGCUUCGAAAGCGCCGGCCUUCGGCCCCAAUGUUCUGUACGAGCUCGCUCAGAAGCACGGUGACGUCAUGACCAUUUGGAUCGCCAGAGAAAUGCACAUUAUCGUCAGUGGAUACCAGAUGAUCCGAGAGGUUCUAGUCCGAAGAGCUGAGGACUUCUCCAGUCGUAAAGUUCCUCAAGUGGUCGUGGAUUCCCGUGGUGAUGGGACGUCCAACAAGGCAACGAAAGGUGUUCUGUUCGCCGACUACGGGCCGGACUGGAAACAGCAGCGAAGGUUUGCCCUGAAGACCCUCCGAGACUUCGGCGUGGGUAAGCGGAGCCUGGAGGGGAAGAUCUGCGACGAGGCCGCCUCUCUCAGUCGGGAACUUGUGACCAAAGACGGUCAACCUUACAACAUCAAACACUUGCUGCAAGACGCUGUUUCCAACAUCAUCUGUUCCAUCGUCUUCGGGAAGCGGUUCGAGUAUGGCGACCCCGAGUUUCUGUGGCUGAUUGAGGUGCUGAACGACAAUGUAGAAAUCAAACCGGCUGAAGAUCUGCUCGCCAACAUUCACCCCGUGUUACGUCACCUCCCGUUCGGGUCGGGCCAACAAAAGAAACUGGCCAAAAGUACGUCCAAACUUCAAGGGUACUGUCGAGGACAGCUAGAGAAGCACAGGGAGACCUUUGACCCUAACGACAUCCGGGACUUCAUCGAUGCCUUCCUGCUGGAACAGCAGCACGCAUGCGCAGGAGGGGACCAAUCACAGACAGGCUUCACGGACAAACAGCUACAGGAGAUCAUCAUGGACCUGUUUCUGGCCGGUACAGAGACCACCGCUACCACCAUGCACUGGGUCCUGCUCUACAUGCUGCUGUAUCCUGAUAUACAGGAAAAGGUGCACCGAGAAAUCGACGCCGUUCUUGGACAGGCUGUUCCCACUUACGCCCUCCGGGAAAAGAUGCCCUACACAACAGCGACCCUAGCGGAAGUGCAGCGCAUCAACUCGGCGGUACCAAUCGGCGUUCCGCACUCCUCCUCCAGGAAAACCACACUCAACGGCUACACCAUCCCGGCUGACGUAUCCGUCUUGUCCAAUAUCUGGUCCGUGCACAUGGACCCUCAGCUGUUCCCGGAACCGGACAAGUUCAACCCCGACAGGUUCCUGGAUCGGCAAGGGAACUUCGUCAAGCACGAGGCGCUCAUCCCGUUUUCUGUUGGUCCUCGUGUGUGCCUGGGAGAACAGCUGGCAAGGAUGGAGCUUUUCCUUCUGUUCGUUUCCCUGAUGCAGCGUUUCACCUUCCAACUGCCAGAGGGCGCCCCUGCACCGUCCUCCGUGGGCAACAUGACCGCCCUGAUCAACAUGCCGCAGCCAUAUGACCUGUGCGCCGUCUCACGUGGGUAAUAGCGCCAUUAUCAUCAGGCUCAAAGCUAAACUUCAAGCAAACCUUUCAGUGGCUGCCUUACAGUACCAAAUUGGCAAUACAGUAUCCAUUUGCCAGCCAGUAUCCAAAAUGCAAAAAAAAA